GGCCCUGUUCAGAUCAGACAUCCCCCUGUGACAGUAGACAGAAGAAAUAUGACUUCUUCCCCACUCCUGGAUGCCAGCUCGAUGGAGAACCCAGCCUUGUUUAAUGAUAUCAAGAUCGAGCCUCCGGAAGAGCUGCUGGCUAGUGAUUUCAACCUGCCCCAGGUGGAGCCGGUCGAUCUUUCCUUUCACAAACCGAAGGCUCCUCUCCAGCCUGCUAGCAUGCUGCAAGCCCCAAUACGGCCUCCCAGGCCACCGGCUGCAGCCCAAGCCAUCGUGGUGUCUACUUCAUCUGAUACGGGCACAUCAGCAACCAUCCCUACCGUUCUCACUCCAGGCUCUAUCCUGGCCUCCUCUCAGGGGACCGGGGGCCAGCCGAUCUUACAUGUGAUUCACACUAUCCCCUCAGUCAGCUUGCCAAAUAAGAUGGGUGGACUAAAGACCAUCCCACUGGUGGUUCAGUCUUUGCCGAUGGUCUAUACCAGUUUGCCUGCAGAUGGGAAUCCUGCAGCGAUUACUGUCCCACUCAUUGGAGGAGAUGGCAAAAAUGCUGGAUCAGUCAAAGUUGACCCCACCUCCAUGUCUCCACUGGAGUUUCCAAGUGAUAGUGAGGAGAGUGCUAUUGAGAGUGGAUCCUCAGCCUUACAGAGUCUGCAGGGAUUUCAACAAGAUCCAGCAACAGUGGCCCAAAUGCAGGGAGAAGACUCUCUUGACUUAAAGAGAAGACGGAUUCACCAGUGUGACUUUGCAGGAUGUAGCAAAGUGUACACCAAAAGCUCCCACCUGAAAGCUCACCGCAGAAUCCAUACAGGAGAGAAGCCUUACAAAUGCACCUGGGAUGGCUGCUCCUGGAAAUUUGCUCGCUCGGAUGAGCUCACCCGCCAUUUCCGUAAGCACACAGGCAUCAAGCCCUUCCGGUGCACAGACUGCAACCGCAGUUUUUCUCGAUCUGACCACUUGUCCCUACACCGCCGGCGUCAUGACACCAUGUGAAUAUCCCAGGCCACAGAUGACGUCCUCUACUGGUCUCCUGAGUAUCUGCUGAGGUUGAGACCCUGUUUGCCUCUGACUACAACUUGCCCCUGUGACUGGGGGUUAGAACAGCCUACUGAGCCAGGGUGAUGAGACUGGAGCAAAAGUUAGCUGGUCUCCCAUGCGGCUCUUCAUAUUCCGCUUUCACCUCUUCACUGUCCAGACUUCAGUUUUCUCAACCUCUUCCUGGGUUGAAUUCUAGUGCGGCGCCCAUGGUUGCCCUCCCUGACCCCUCAUGCUAUGUUAUAGACAUUUUUCCUACGAUAACAAACAAAACAGGAAUCAAACUCAAGGCUGUGAACAAACAUCCGCUGCUCCCCCUGCCACUUUUCUCUUGUUUUUUAAAACUUUUAUCCAUAUAUAAAUAUGUAUGGAUACAGUAUAUAUAUAUACUGUAACCAGUACUUAAAGUCAUUUAGCAAUGUCCUAAAAUGAGGGUUUUUUUUUUUCAAAGUCAUAGGUACAAGGGGCAUAACAGUGGAGUUGAUUGGUCAGAUUUACAGAGAAUUGAGUCUGAAAUACAGAGUCUCAUUCUAACCGUGAAGGUUUUGUAGAUCCAGUUUUACUUGUUCUUACCAGUUUGGUUUACAGACAGUACCAGCCCUCCUUUUUGAAGUCCAUCAAAGAAAUGAAGGGAUUUUUCUCGACCUCCUCUUCCUCCUCAUGCUCCUUUAUAAUUAAAGGUUUUAUGGCACAAUUACAUUCUUUUUAGGUUAAGUUUGGACAAAUAUUCAAAGCACAGAAAGACAGAUCAGUAGGGAGAAGUAUUCUAGGAAAAUAUGUCAGGCAGUGACAGGAAAAAGCAGACCUUGGAGGACCCUUUGAGCAAUUAUUUGGAUAAGGUAUUAGAAUUGCUGUUAAUCCCAAACCUCAUUCAAAGGGCAGCCUGUUGAAACGGCGCUUUCGAUGGGCUCCGCUGUACUGUUUAUUCUUUUGUUUACAUAAAGCAACCAUUCAGCGUAUUACCUGAGAGAAACUGCACACUGAGCACGUUAUACAGAGGUGAGGGGUUGCACUAGAGGAAUUUGGUUUACUUCAUGCCAUUUUUUGGCACUCAUUCUUCUGUUUUUAAUGAGAUAGAAAAGAUUUUUUUUUCUGACACUGACAUAUAAAAAUCAUUUUUAAUGUUUUACCACUGCUGCCAAUACCCAAGCCAUUUAUUUUAGAUGUAAAAGCAGGAUGCAUAAUAUACAUUUGGUUGCCCAAUCAGACUGUUCCUAAUAUUCUCUGGGGCAUAAAACGCUCUGUUCCUGGCCCUGGACCUCAGAUCUACCUCCAUGUGGCAUAUUUCCUCUCCUGGGGAAAAGGAGAGGGACUUUGUAUCAUUAGGAUAGGACGCAGCCUCUUGCCUAAAGGUUGUCUUCAUACUAAACCUUUUUUCUCGGCAGAUAUUCAAAGCUCUAGCUUGAGUACUUCAGGUUACUACCUCCCAUGGCUGUCCUUUCUAGCUAAAUCCUAGAACUCUACCAUCCAGAAGGGGUCCUGUCUACUUCUACCCAUCCCUCCCAUCUUACAGAUGAGGCAAAUACGGGUUCGAUUCUUUCUCCAGAUAUUUCCUUUGAGGCCUUAUAUAGACCUAUGUACUCCUUCUCCCAGGGAUCACACUAGUAAACCAAAUUAAAUAAAAAAAUUAUGUGAUUGGUUGCAA